AUGGUACAGAGAUGGAAAGGAGCUUCCUAUAAAAUUCCAAAGCCUGUUAUUACUCAGGAGUCCCCCAGUGGAGAGAUCUACACAGGAGAGAGAGUCACCCUGAGCUCUCGUCCUCAGGCUGUGCUGAUCCUGGAGACUGGAUGGACAGAGAUCUUCACUACAGACAGUCUGAUACUGAGGUGUGAGAUUCAGGGGAUCUCUGCUGAGUGGAACUACACAUGGUACAGAGACGGAGAGCAGAUUCCACUGGAUCACACUGGAGACAUAUACACAGUGAGAUCUGGGAAUGGAUCCUAUCAGAGUGAAUAUAAGUGCAGAGGGAAUAGGAAAAAGAGACCCUUAUUCUCCAACAUCAGUGAAGGUUUGACACCAAACACUAUCAGGUUUUACUAUAUUCUGGGGCUUUCUGGUGCUCUUGUCAUGCUCAUAACCAUAGUGGUUCUGGAAGUCAUUUGUGUUAAAAAAUGCAGGAAAUCAGGUCAAACGAAGAAACAGCUCAACAAAGACAAAUUUUACUCCAAGGUGAAUCCAGAAUAUGUAAGUUCAGAUCACACAUUACUAUCUGAGGCCCUAUACGAGGAAAUAGAAGAUGCCACAGAAAAACAAGGUUCUCAAGCACAGGCUUCCGUUUACUCUGUCGUUCAGUUAGAAAACUUAGACAAAGAGUCAGACAGUGGGGAAUACAUCUGUUGGGGUGAAAGGGGUCAGAACCCUACAAGCCAGUCUUUCUCUGGAUCACUUAGGAUCAACAUAUCUGGGAAAAGGCCAAAGCCUAUCAUUAUCCAGGAGUCCCCAAGUGGAGAGAUCUACACAGGAGAGAGAGUCACCCUGAGCUGUGAGUUUGGGGGAGAUCCUGCUGGCUGGGAGUAUCUCUGGUACAAAGACACACAGGGAGCAGCCCAGUUGAUCCUGCAGUCUGGAUGGAGUGAGGUCUUCCCCACUGAAAGAGUGACUCUGAGGUGUGAGAUUGAGGGCAGCUCUACUGAGUGGAUGUAUAAAUGGUACAGAAAUGGAAAGGAGCUUCCUGUAGACAAGGAGGCCCCCAUUGGAGAGAUCUACACAGGAGAGGGAGUCACCCUGAGCUGUGGGUUUGGGGGAGAUCCUGUUGGCUGGGAGUAUCUCUGGUACAAAGACACACAGGGAGCAGCACUGCCCAACACUGACAGCAGCAGGACUGAUGGGUCCAGUUACACCAUCAGCUCUGCUGCUCUGUCCCACAGUGGAGAGUACUGGUGUCGAGCUGGAAGAGGGAGAGAAGUGUUUCAGUCUCAGGACAGUGACUCUCUGAUGUUAAACAUAUCUAGUAAGGCUGACUAG